AUGAAAGAUGGAGCCCUUGGUAUCCGAGGAUUGGAGAUUGUGAAAGGAAGAUUGGAACGAGAGCGCAACCGUCUAGCCGGACUUCCGGCCGAGGUUGGACUUUUCUGCGGUCAAACAUGCAAAGAGCUGUGGAUAGCAGGGCUAGAAAAUGAAGCUGGGCUUAAUCCUAAAAGCUAUCCGGUG